AUGAAUGGAACAUCGAUUCGUCACAAGCGAUGUGAUGAAACAAAGCCCAUUUGCGAUACCUGCCGCAGAACAGGGCGUAUAUGCGAUGGAUACCUCGACCCCUCAUCUGGCCAGCGGUUGGGUGGCCAUGCUGAUCGCAACUCCCCCUUCCUCACUCUUGCCCCUCGCUCUCUGUUUGCCAACGAAAUUGAAGCUCAGGGCUUCAAAUUUUUCAAUAAUGCUACCGAGACCCAGCUUGCGGCGGCGCUUCAAAAGCAUUGCUGGACUCCGCCGUUUCUUCAACUCAGCCACCAAGAUCCUGCUAUCCGCCACGCUGUCAUUGCUAAUGGCAUCAUGAGUAGGCGAUAUCAAGCGAGUGAGCUUUCGGCUUCCAUGGAUCCAGAAACAAACAUUUUAUAUCAGGUGGCGCUUCAGCAGUACGGCAAAGCCGUUGCUUGUUUCAGGUCGCGACUUGAAGCAGUCCCGGAAGGCAAUCUGGGAUCGCUGGAAACUAUCCCUGCAUGUUUCUUGCUUCUGAUAAUGUUCGAGUUUAUGCAAGGCAACGCGGCCGGCCUGAUUAUGCAUCUCAGAAAUACGGCCAGUUUGAAGACUAUUUUCGGUAUGAGUCGACAAGCACAGUCUUUUACACAGCUGCUGGCUUUUAUAGAGAUGGUCGCAGCGAUGUGGCUCGACUUAGACUGGUCGCACUCGAACGCUUCAUCACGGCUCCAGAGAUUGAAGACAUGUCAGGGAUCUUCAGCCUCUCAUUAUGACUUGGACACACUUUAUCAUGACCUUGUCAAUAUCAAGAACGAUGUUAUGGUAUGGCGUCAUGGCGUGACAUCCGCUCGAACGGACACAAGGGCGCAUGCAGUGAGCCUGAAUAGCUUGCCUGCGGUAACACGGCAGACCAUAAAGUCCCAAUUGGACACAUGGUAUCAAAGAUUUAUUACAAUACCCACAAACAGAGAAGAUAAAAUCACAGCCCGCUGCGCUCUGCUCCGAGUGAAUUACCUCGGCAUCAGCCUCGCCGUUGAUGCAGUUCACCAGCGACAGUUAUCAGCCCAGCUUAGCCGACAUGAUUCCGAUCUCAGUGGUGAAGUACCGCUAGACAAGGAUUUCUGCGAGAUCAUCGAGUUAACAGAAGCGGUUCUCAAAGCAGGUCACUCUUUUAGUCGGUAUGAUGGCAACGCUGGAGAAGAGUCGCUUGAGGCUGCUGGCCUGCUGCCUCUCUUCUCGUUUCGGCACAGCUUUAUACAACCGCUAUUUUACGUCGCGCAACACGCUCCAAGUUUAACACUACGCCAAAGAGCUAUCCAUCUUCUUCUUGAAAAGCCAUGGCGUGAGGGCGCAUGGGAAUCUUAUGUCAUGGGCUCUAUUGCAAAGCAUUCACUAGGAGAACUUCAGAAUCUUGAGAUAUAA